GCAGACACAUACUGAGCCGAAUCCUUUGUUAUGGUACCGGAGUAGUGUCACUUGUGUGUUGAGAGACAGGUGUGUAUGAGAGAACGCCGAUCCAAAGGCUACACCGACAGCAAGUGCUGGGUGACUCCCAACUCAAGCUCAAGCUCAAGUGCGGCAGCGACUAAGCCCACAAUUAGUAGUGACUGAGGGCUGGCAUUCCUUAAGUUCUCUCCGACUCCGUCAGUCUGCAGCCCUACUUCCACUAAAGCAGUCUUUUUAGGACCUGAAUGCUGGACGUUGCUCUCACCUGCCUCCGCCUUGGUCACACAGUACUCGCUACUCACCGCUCGUGUUUGGUGACCCUCACUUGACCCCAGUGCUGGAACACACCGCAGAUCACAGAACAAUUCAUGCUGCAGAGCCUACACUUCCACCCCACCUUGUCCCACCAGUACUUGUAUAGCACUGGUCACGUUUCUUGGUCAUCACCACCUUCCACCUACCCAACCUGCUGGCGGCGGCAGGCGUCCACACCCUCACUAUGCCUCUUCAGGUGUAUGCCAUUGAGGUUGACAUCAGAAAGACAAUGAGUGACCUUCUGGCUCAUGCUGGAGAAGCUUUAACACUUGACUUGGCCAACCACAGAGUUACUGUCCUUGGUGACAGGCAGAUGGAUUCCCAGGACACCUUGCAAGACCAGUGUGGCACCAGGACUGGCCAUGUACAGGUGCAGUUUGUCAUUAGAUCUGAUGAGGAAGGUGGAGUGUUGGAUAUUGUGGAUGUCCUGAAGUCUAGUGAAGAAGAGGAGGCUAAUGAAGAGGAAAUUGCCAAAGAGGAUGCCCCACCAGAGAGAUCCAAGCCAACGCGAUGGGUGGUGUCCACUGAAUUUCGAGGAAUACAGAAGGCUCUCAGAAUGCCUCGAGACCCAAGGCAGUGGACAGCAGCCCAUGUACGUGUGUGGCUGGCAUGGGCAAGGCAACAUUUUCCUGAAGUAGCUCCACACCAUCACCAUGGUAACCUUGAUGGGGCUCAGAUGAUGACACUCACUCCAUUGCAGCUGCAGCAACAUCGUGUUCUGCUGACCCAUGCUGGUGACAGACCUGGUGACAGCCUCUUUGUCACCCAUCGUGACUUGCUCAAGCAGACGGGUGCUGCUGCUGUAUGUGAAGUACCUCCGGCCUCUCAGCACAGUGUCCAUCAACAAAUUAACCAGGCCACGUCAAGAUCAGAGAAAAUUCAGAGAUCAUCACUAGCAUCAGCCGCGGCAGCGACGGCAUCAGUGCCACAACCAAUACAGUUGUGGCAGUUCCUUUUGGAACUCCUCACUGAACCCAAGCUGGUGAAGGUCAUCUCGUGGUGGGGUACAGGAAUUAGUGGGGAGUUUCGUCUGCAUCAGCCUGAGGCCGUGGCUGCCCUCUGGGGUCACCGAAAAGGUCGUCCUAACAUGACUUAUGACAAACUUUCACGUGCUCUUAGGUACUACUAUGAAGGGGACAUGAUUGCCAAGGUGGCCGGGAAGAAGUUUGUGUACCGCUUUGUGCUGGACCUCAAGGUGGUGGUUGGCUAUAGUGCUGCUGAACUUAAAGCACAGGUAGAGAAAUGUGCUGAGAAUGGGUAGCCUGCUGAAAUUUACUAGAAAGGUAUUGAAGAUUGAAAUGUCUGUUGAUGGUUUAGAAACACGUGUCAGUGUGGUGGUGGUGAUGUAAUUACUGACCAAAUUGUCAAAUUGUCAAGAUUCAUGAUACACUGUGGUUGUUUAUCCUAUUUGUUUUGUUUUGUUGGUACAGUGUUUUCUCAUAUGUGGUUAAAUUGGUAGCAUGCAUGACCAGAGUAUAUAGCUUCAGGCAGACAGUAUAUUGAUAAAGUCAUACAGAUUGACAUCAAGAAUAUGUGGAAACAGUUUUUUCUACCAUUACUACAAUGAACAAGUAAACAAACUAAUUCA